GACACACAGUGUGGCCUGUUUACUGAAUAACGACUACAAGAUGACAUCAUUCAGAAACUAGUCCAGACCAAGUUCUUGGUCUGGUGGAACUGGGGAAUGUCCUCUCAGAUGCAGAUUUGUUCAUACUAACAUUUUCACCUGACUUUGCCUAAUUGAUGAAAUGACCAAAUUAGGUCAAAGGUCACUCGGCACAUUGAAACGAUGACAUCUGCAGGAUGUGGCAUUGAAUGUUUGUGUAUGUAAAAUAUUUAUGAACACUCUUGUUAGAAGUUAUGCAUGCUGUAAUUUUUCUUACUUUUUAUAUGUAUCAAUAGAUCAGAUUUGUGUAAUUUAGACGAUGCAGAUUCCCACCAGCAACAAUUGUUGCCGAGUAUAAAACCUACAUUUUCAUUAACAUAACCAACAUAACAAUUCAUAAAUAUCAUGUGUUAGGGAGGACCAAGGAUUGAAAUGCAUGCACUUAUUUUGCAGGAAUAAAUUUGGGAUUAAAUGGGUUAAUGAACAUUUCCUUUUUUCUUGAUAUUAUUUGAUAUCAGCGUCAUGAGAGUAACAGAGCUUUAUUGUUAAAUAUUAUUUUACUAAUUGCAGGAUUUUCAAUCUUUUCACUGAAUAGCUGGCAUUUUGUGCCUGCAAAUAUUUAGCACCUUUUAUAUCUAAAUUAGGUGAAUUUAUGACCGGAUCGUUUUUCCAUUUUGCCAGAUUACAUAGCAUUUAUACCUAAAUAACAGCCAAUCCAGGUGAUCGGAGGAUCUCUAAGUAGAUCCCGUUCUGCAACACUCAGUGGAAACAAGGCAUCAGUUUGUUGGAGCUGGUUAUAAGUCCACCAUUUUGGAUCAAAGCAGUCAUGCUGACACUAGACCAGCUGCAGGUCAUAUGAUCUGAUUCGGACCUGGUACUGAGUCAGAAUAUCUCAGAUUAACAGAGUUUUGCUGCUCUGGUUCCUGACUGGUUCUGUCCUGGUUCUUAAAUGCUUGGAGUCGGUUUUCUCUGCAGGACUUAUUCCACUAAGUUUAUGUUCUGCAGCAUAUCAGCCUGUAGAUUCUCAGAAAAAGGAAGCAUCAACCCGCUGAUCUCCUUGAUUGGUGUGUCACAGCUGAAGCUCCACCUGCUGACAAACCACAGAGUCGAACUUCCUGUUAAACCGUCUGCAGCUUCCACUCUGCAACUUCUCUGCUCUGUUUCCCCUCUAUGUGCAUCUAAUGCUCCCAGUUACAGUUUCUAAAACAUGAGCAGGUAAAAGACAUUUCAGUCUCAGUUCAGCUGCAGGAGCUGCUCUUCCUCCUCCGUUCUCAACACAACCACCAGGGGGCGCUUCGUUAGCUUCGGUUUCAGCUGCUGGAGCCUGAAGGGCAGCAGCUGCUGAGCAGUCCAAGUUCUGAUGAGAAGCAUCAGACCAGGGGAGUCUGCUGGAAAUGAAGUGAUGAGAUAGAAACAACAGGAGGAAGAAGAAGAAAAAGCAGGAGAAGAAGAAGGAGGAGGAGGAAGAGGAGAGGAGGAGGUCCAACCAGAGGAGCGGCGACUUCUGCAUCAGGAGUUGCAACAGAGACAGACAGCAGGAAGCGCACAUGACACCCUGAACGUCACUCUGCUUCAGCAGCGAGACCCUCUGGACCGGAGCCACCUGAGACCGGUCAGAACCGAAACACGGGUCCAACAAAACCAGAGCAGAACCAGAAGGGCUGCAGGAGGAGGAAAGCAGAAGUUUAAGGAGGUAAAAAGAAGACAGUGGAGGCAGACGAAACCCGGAUCUCUGACCAGAACCAGAACCAGGGAGGUGGUGCAGAAAGCGGUGGAGCAGCUGGUGGAGUGCGAUGGAGGAGGACAUCAGGAAGCAGGGGAUGCUCUUCCUCCAGCAGCAGCGUUUCGGGAAGAAGUGGAAGCGGGUGUGGUGCGUCCUGUACCGGGACAGCUCCUGCUCCAUCUCCAGGAUGGAGUUCUUUGAGUGUAAAGAUGGAGGCAACGUGGAGAAGAACGACAAGACUCUGCGCAAGCAGCAGGAGAGCAAGAAGGUGAUCCGGCUGGCGGACUGCAUCCGGGUCUCGGAGGCGGAGGUGGACGGCGUGCCGCGCGACACCGGCGCCUUCCUGGUGGAAACCACGGAGAAGAUCUUCGUGUUCGCCGCGGAUCGGAACCAGCUGGACGACUGGACCCACCGGCUGUGCGAAGUCGCCUUCCCUAUGAGCUGGACGGAGGGCGGAGCCAAGCGAGGCAGCCUGCAGCGAGGAAACCGGGUGGAGGAGGAGGAGGGCAUGGAGGACAACUCCCUGUACAGCGGCCGCGAGAAAGUGCGGGACUUCAAAGUGUCUGUCCGGAGGACGGACGCGUCGGAUCGGUGCCGGCUGAAGGGGGACGGUGUCCUGAAAGCCGACAUGGACGCACUGCACCUGAUGGACAAGACGGGGGACAUCCUGUACACCUGGCCAUACCGGUACCUCCGGCGAUUCGGAAGGGACAAAUCCACCUUCUCCUUCGAGGCGGGUCGCAGGUGUGACUCCGGCGAGGGAAGCUUCGAGUUCGACACCAAGCAGGGAAACCUGCUGUUCCAGGCCGUCGAGGCCGCCAUCAACCUGCAGAAGAUCUCCCUGCCCCACAGACAGACCUCCGGAGGGGGCCCCAUGGCCCCAGAGACCGGCCCCAACCACCACAACCUCACCCUGCCAGCCCCACCCGCUAACCCCGCCCUGGGCCACAGCCGGACGCCGCCGCCCCAGAAGCAGCCCCGCGUCCAGGUCCAGCAGGGUGAUGAAGGUGUGUACAGCAUGGUGACGGAGCCUCAACACCUGCAGAAGAUCCAUCACAAAGACGCUGAAAGCUGCAACUCUUCACAGCAGCAGCAGCAGCGCCCCCAGCUGGCCCGUCUGGAGCCUCCAGUGGAUAAGAUGCUGACCGGCGUGAAGAGUUUGACCCUGGACACCCGCGGCCUCCCCGUCCCCAGGAAGAGCCAGGUGAAGAUGAUCUCCAGCUGCCCGUUGCCCAACGCCAGCCCCGAAUCAGGCGGCAGCCAGCUGCCAGGGCCCGGCUCCAGCCCCGCCCCCGGCGCCCGCCUCAGCCCCAAACUCGCCUCCAACCCCAACCUGGAGCAGACCUACUCCCAGAUCAGCAUGGCGGACGUCGGCGGGCGCGCCACCAAGAAGGACAAGAAGGGCGGUGGCGCUGCGGUGACGGGCAGGGAUCCGGACUACUCGCUGCCCUUCGACACCCUCGCCUCCAACAUCAUGUCCGACAUCCUGGCGGCGGAUCAGGGCGGUCCGGGCGCUGACCCGCUCUACGACAGCAUUGACGAGAUGAAGAUCCGGAACAUCUUCCGGAGCGAAGCCAGGACAACAGACAGGAAGGUGGACCACAUCUACGACGAGCCCGAAGGUUGCGCGGCGGCCACAGGGUCGCCGGCCGCGCCGGCCGCGGCUCACCCCUCGGUCUACGACGACCCAGAGGAGAUGAGAGGAGACGCCUGGAGGAUCAUGGGUACCUCUGUCGACCCCAAAGGACACGAGUAUCCCUACAACCCCCGUGUGGACGACUACGCCGUGCCCAGGAGGCCCAAGAGGGCAUUUGCUUCCCAGAAGAGCAUCACUAGUGAAGAAGAGGAGCCGCAGGAGGAGGAGGGCGACAAACAGGAGGAGCUGGAGGAGAAACAGUUUUCACCGUACGACAACCUGGUCAUGAAAAUGGCCUAAAGGAGACAGAGCCGCCGAUUCCUCCACCUAUCGCCUGGCUGGACGGAGGACAUUCAGUAACUUGGCGAGCUUUAUGAAGCAGCUUCCAUGUUGAAGAACCUGGAUCUCCAUGGAUCCCUCGCUACAAAGAUCUGUCGCUGCCUGCAGCCCAGACUGCAAACCAUCUGAAAAACUGUAGCUUGAGCUAAAGCUGCUGUUGUUGUGUGACUGCUACCCUCUGCAGCUAACCAGCUAUGCUAAAGUCAUUUUUCCUGUGUCCGUCUAAUUUUGACCCGUUUCAUUUUACAUGAUGUCUUCAUGUAGUUCAUGUUUUGAUGUCAUUAAACAGAACCGAUCAAGCUUCAA